AUGAACGAAAUAAAUGGGGUCGACUAUUCUGUCGUCAAUCCCUCCAACAAAUGGAAGAUUCUUAAGACACAGUCACGCUUCGCUCUCUGGGCAUUUUGGAUCUCCAGUGGUGUAAUCAUGCAAGGCUUUGAUAUUGUCGCAGGAGGUCAAUUAGCAGCCUUACCAGCAUUCAGAGAGAAGUUCGGUAUUCUGCAACCCGACGGGUCGCACUUAAUACCUGCACGUUAUCUUUCAGCGUGGAACUCCAUAGCACCCGCAUGUGAGGUUGUGGCAACUUUUAUUUUCGCUCCCCUGCUCGAACGGUAUGGUCGCAAGUGGGGCAUUCUUGCAGCAUCACUCAUUUCGACCGCUGGUAUCCUGCUUCAACAGCUUGCGCCAGAUUGGCGCGUGCACCUUGCAGGCCGUGGCGUCAAUGGCGUUGCUAUUGGUAUUAUGUUCACGAUCUCACCAUUGUGGAUUGGGGAAACCUGUCGUCCAGAGCUUCGUGGUUUCUUCCUGUGUUUCUUCAACACUAGUAUUGUUUUUGGACAGUUUGCCAUUGUCGCCGUGUCCAAAGGCAGUAGCAACAUUGAAGGCAAAUGGCAAUGGUGGCUACCUGUCGUUGCGAUGUAUAUCUUCCCACUCAUAUUGACAUCUGUCUGGCCAUUCUUCCCCGAGUCGCCAUAUUGGCUCGUGAGAAAUGGCAAGAUUGAGCAAGCCAAGAGGGCACUAAAGCGGGUCUAUGGUUUCAAAGACCAGAGGUUCUACGACAUCGAGGUCCGCCGAAUGCAAGAGGAGAUCGCUUUCACGCAGGAAGUUCAAGGCGGACCUCUGGAAGCAAAUCAUUCAUUUACGGUACUUGGAGUCGAUCUUGCAACUGAGGCUGAGUGUUUCCGGGCCACCAACCGCAAGCGAACAUGGACAGCCAUCUUCGCUGCGAGUGCACAACAGAUGAUUGGAGCCACCUUUGUCAUUGGCUAUGCGACCUACUUCCUCGAACUCAUUGGCAUCAAAGAUUAUUUCAGCGCCGCGGUAGCGCUAUACGUGGUUAUGCUGGUGUCGAGUACCGCCGCAUUUCCGUUGACCGAGAUAUUCGGUCGACGAUACUUGAUUGUGAUCCCCCAAUUCAUCCUCUGCGCAAUGCUUCUCUUGAUUGGCAUCAUGGGUUGUGUACCCGAUAAAGGCAAAGCAAGCUGGGGCAUCGUGGCCUUCAUAUAUCUUUGGGCUAUCAUCUACCAGCUGUCUAUUGGUGCCACGGGCUUCGUCCUGGCAUCUGAAAUCGCAACAGUGCGACUAAGAACCGCAACUCAGGGGUUGAUCACGAUCACCAAUGCUAUCUGGGGUUUGAUAAUGCAAUUUACGGUCCCCUAUAUGAUCAACCCAGAUGCCGGAGAUCUUGGAGGAAAAGUUGGCUUCAUAUUUCUUGGGACCGGGUUGAUUGCUGCCAUAGGAGGAUGGUAUCUCUACCCAGAAACGAAGGGCAUCUCUUUUGAGAAACUCGAUGCGCUUUAUGCCGCAAAAGUUCCACCUCGGAAGUUCAAACAAGCAGCUCUCGAAAUGCAGACUCAGCGUCCCAUGGAACUUAAUUCACCAUCUGAGCAUAAUUCCAAAGAGCAUGCUGCAGCUGAGAAGAACUCGCAGACCCAUGUAGAGCACAAAGUGGUCUAG